AGAAAUGGUUGGCAUCAUAUCGAAGGUGAUUGUUUCACUGAUCCUGUUUAUGGUCAGCCCUGGUGAUGGACUGUUUCGCUCCAUAUACCGAAGCACCUAUGUUUCCAUGCCACUCAGGGGAAAUGCAGGACGGCCUCUGUUUCUUAGCCCUUAUAUCAAGGCUGGGAAGAUCAAGGAAGGGCAAAAGAAGAGCAUAGUCAGUCCUCUCCCUGGAAUGAACAUGAAGAGUUAUGCUGGCUACAUCACAGUGAAUAAGACUUACAACAGCAACCUCUUCUUCUGGUUCUUUCCAGCUCGGAUACAGCCUGAGAGUGCCCCAGUAGUCCUCUGGCUUCAGGGUGGUCCUGGAGGGUCAUCCAUGUUUGGACUCUUUGUAGAACAUGGGCCUUAUAUUAUCACAAAUAAUAUGACUGUUCUUGCUAGAGACUUCCCUUGGACCACUACCCUUUCCAUGCUUUACGUGGAUAAUCCAGUGGGCACAGGCUUCAGCUUCACUGACAGUAUCCGGGGAUAUGCCAUCAGUGAGGAUGAUGUAGCCCAAGACUUAUACAGUGCGCUGAUUCAGUUUUUCCAGCUGUUCCCCGAGUAUGUGAAGAAUGCCUUUUAUGUCACUGGGGAGUCUUAUGCAGGGAAAUAUGUGCCAGCCAUAGCACACUAUAUCCACUCCCUCAACCCUGUGAGGGAGCUCAAGAUCCACCUGGAAGGAAUAGCCAUCGGAGACGCAUACUUUGAUCCAGAAUCGAUUAUAGGAGGGUAUGCAACAUUCCUGUACCAAAUUGGCUUGUUGGAUGAGCAGCAGCAACAGUCCUUCCAGAAUCUUUGCAACAAGUGCAUAAACUACAUCAAAGACCAGAACUGGAUAAAGGCCUUUGAAAUCCUGGAUAAGCUGCUGGAUGGUGAUUUGACAAAUGAUCAAUCCUUCUUCCAGAAUGUGACAGGAUGCACCAACUACUACAACUUUCUAGAGUGUGAGGAAACCAAGGACCAAAGUUACUAUGGGAAAUUCUUGUCACUUCCACAAGUGAGACAAGCCAUCCAUGUGGGAAACCGGACUUUCAAUGAUGGUGCUGAUGUUGAGAAGUACUUGCGAGAGGACACAGUGCAGUCGGUGAAGCCCUGGCUAGCUGAGAUAAUGGAUCACUACAAGGUUCUGCUUUACAAUGGCCAACUGGAUAUCAUUGUGGCAGCCGUCCUGACAGAGCGCUCCUUGAUGACCAUGGACUGGAAGGGAUCACAGGAAUACGAAAACACACAAAGAAAGGUUUGGAAGAUCUUCAAAUCUGAUAACGAUGUGGCUGGUUAUGUGCGACAAGUGAAUAAAUUCCACCAGGUAAUUGUCCGGGGCGGAGGACACAUUUUGCCCUAUGACCAGCCGCUGAGAACUUUUGAUAUGAUCAAUCGAUUCAUCUUUGACAGAGGAUGGGAACCUUAUAAUUCAUAAGCUACUUUCCUUAAACAGCUAAGAGUUUUAAUCACAAAAGAGUAAAAAAAAAUAUAAGAAUGCCAUGUAAAUAAGAAAUGGA